GGUUGAUAUUGUGUGUAAGUUUGUAUAGAAUCGGAUAUACUCAUUUCUUGGUCCGAAUCCUCAUCAGUAACAACAAAAACGUUCUGGUUUGUUGCUAUUAAUUCCUCAUUAGGGUGGUCAGGAUCUGGUAAACCCAUAUUUAAUAUUACCAUUUUAAAAAUCUAUCACAUAAUAUUUUUAUUACUUUUCUUUGUUUAAUGCAUUUCCAUUUAAACAUUUGACAGAAAACAUUUGACGUAUAAAAAGUUGUGUUCUUUUAGACAAAUUAUAAAUUGAGCUGGGUGAGUGCAGAUGCUCUCUAUUUCAUGCUUUUUCACAAUGUGUAUAUAUCCAUUUCUCUCACAUUUGAAUAUUCGAAAAAGUGACUACAUAUCCAUCGUUACGUAAUAAUAGAUACUUUUCAUUGAAUAUAUAUAUUUUUUCUAUAUGAUUUAUUUAUGUACUCAAGAAAAAAUUUAUCUAAAACUCUAAGAAGAAGUUAAUAUAUCUCUUAGGAUUAUUGCAGUUUUUAUAAUUAUUUAUUAUGUUUGUAUUAUUUUACUUGUUUGAUUUCAAACUUAGAUUGGGGGUGAGAUAUUAAUUGCCAUUUCAUUGUCCACGUUCAUACUCUCUGAAGUUCAGCUAGAUUUUCAGUCUAUAAUUUUCAAAUAUGUACGUCAGGGGUAUUGCUAGACACAAUUACUUUCUAAAUAUUAUAACACACUUUUAACUUAGGUGCCUAUUUAAUUUAUAUUUAAUAAAAUUUAUUGUUAAAAAUUGAAUAAAAAUAAUACAUAGAACAAUUUAAUUAUAUCAUUGCAAAUCGAAAUAUUUUGGAAAAUUGGGUGGGUUGUACAUACAAAAAGGCUUUCUGUUCAAUGAACGGAGUGGUUACUAGAUUUCCGACAUGACACAUUGAGGGAGAUAGCAUUAUAUAAAAUCUAUGAAAGUGACAAAGAAAACUUUUUUGCCAGAUGUUGAGGUUGAGGUUUAUUAAAAGUUGAAGUUUCGUGUGAUAAUUUUCUUCAAGAAUUAAAUGUUUUUUAUUUGUUACAAAAAUACUAACUAGACAAUUAAUUUUAAAUAUAGAGACGUGUAUAAAUGUGUAACUGUGGUAGUCGAUUCAAUUAAAACAGUACAGGCUUAAAUUAAGUUAAAAUGGCGAUUUGAAGAGCAAUGGUGGACAUAUGAAAUUUUUCUACAAUUGGAUCCGUCACAAUGGAAGACACUUCAUUAAAUCUACAAAACGGCGGACAAAUGGGGCCCUUGGCUGGUUCGGUAACCAACAACAAACAAAAUGAAGAGAGCACUCCGAAAUCCCAUUAUUCUAUACCGGGUAUAUUACAUUUUAUUCAACACGAAUGGGCUAGGUUCGAAUUAGAAAGAUCACAAUGGGAGGUUGAUAGAGCUGAAUUACAAGCAAGAAUUGCUUUUUUGCAAGGAGAAAGAAAAGGUCAAGAAAAUUUGAAGAAUGAUCUGGUGCGGCGUAUCAAGAUGUUGGAAUAUGCCUUGAAGCAGGAAAGAGCCAAGUUUCAUAAAUUAAAGUAUGGCACAGAAUUACAACAAGGUGAUAUGAAACCACCUGUGAUAGACGAAACAAAUGAAUCUCAAUUAGACAGUGACCAGUCGUAUGUGUCUGUAUCAAAUUCUUCUUGGAAGCAAGGAAGGCAACUAUUAAGACAAUAUUUGCAGGAAAUUGGUUAUACCGAUAGAAUAAUUGAUGUCAGAUCUACAAGGGUACGAGCUCUUUUGGGACUAAAUAAUAAUAAUGCUGAUCAAGAUGAUAACCAAAAUGGUGGUGGCAUUAAUGCCAAUGAAUCCAACAAAAGAGCUAGUGAAACUCAAGGUAGAAGAACCCCUGCGAAAAAAGCUCAACCAAGCUCUCUAGCCGAAGCGAUGAUGCUGGAUACUGAAGCUGCCGUUAUGGCGAAUUUAGACUUUUUAUCAAAUACAGAUGUGGAUAUGGACGAAGAUGAUGAAAUGAGCGACGAUGUUAAUAUCGAACCUACAGAUGACAUUGAAGAUGAUGUUAAAUUGAACAAAAAAGGUUUAGGCGAUGAUGUUGACGCAAUAGCAUUAGAAGUGUUCAACGAACUUAACAGACUCUCCGAAGCAGAGAAGAAACAAGACAGUAAAACUGAACAAGCUGAUUGGAAUAAAACAAAAAGACCCAUGGGAUUGAAUGAUGAAGAAAACGUCGAUUCGUCGCUUGGAUUAGGCGAAUUAGCCCAAUUAACAGUUAAUAAUGAUGCGGAAUCAACUUAUGACAUUGAUAGCAGUAAAGAGGCGUUCAGGAAGACUUGGAAUGCAAAAUACACUUUGAGAAGUCACUUUGACGGUGUUCGGGCAUUGGCCUUCCAUCCAACUGAACCUGUUUUGAUAACUGCCAGUGAAGAUCACACACUGAAGCUGUGGAAUCUUCAAAAAACAGUUCCUGCCAAAAAAAGUGCAUCAUUGGACGUUGAACCCCUCUAUACUUUUAGGAGUCAUACAGGUCCAGUACUUUGUCUGGCAAUUUCUGGUAGUGGAGAACAUUGUUAUUCCGGAGGUUUAGAUGGUACUAUAAAUUGUUGGAAUGUUCCAAAUUCAAACAUUGAUCCGUACGAUCUGUAUGAACCAGAUAUUUUGAAUGCCACUUUACAUGGCCAUUCAGAUGCUAUUUGGGGGUUGGCUGUUCUUAAUUCUAAACAGCAGUUAUUGUCAUGUUCCUCUGAUAAAACUGUCAAAUUAUGGACACCACAUUCUAAACAACAAUUGUUAUCAACAUUUGUCUCAGAGUCAGACGGUAUACCUUCUAGUGUUGAUUUUGUAAGGGAUGAACCAAACCGUAUUGUGGCAUCUUAUUCUAGUUUGCGGUGUGUGAUUUUCGAUACGGAAACGGGUAAACCGAUCUCCCGUUUGGAAUCAGUUCCUCCAGAUGGUGUGAAUAGUAGCACCAGACAAAUAAACAAGAUUGUUUGUCAUCCAACACUACCUCUAACCAUCACUGCUCACGAGGAUAGACACAUCAGAUUUUGGGAUAAUCACACAGGAAAAAUGGUACAUUCGAUGGUCGCUCAUUUGGAUGCUGUUACCAGUUUAGCUGUUGAUCCAAAUGGACUUUAUCUUCUUUCAGGUUCUCAUGAUUGUUCGAUAAGAUUAUGGCAUUUGGAUAACAAAACUUGUGUUCAAGAGAUAACAGCUCACAGAAAGAAGUUCGACGAGAGUAUCUUAGAUGUUGCUUUUCAUCCAUCAAGGCCCUACAUAGCCAGUGCAGGCGCUGACGGCUUGGCCAAAGUGUUUGUGUAAAAAGAAUUUAUUAUGACAAAUAAUUCUGUGUAAUUGUGUAAAAGUGUAUCUCGAACUUCUCCGUAUACUAUGAAACGUUACAAAAAAAAGUGAUUAAUUAAUUUGGUCAUUGCUUUUAUAAUUAUAUUUUGUAGGAUAGGUGUACAUAUAUAUCAUCAUUUUUAAUAUUUUGUAUAUAUACUCUCAAGAUCACUUCAUAUUAAUUUUUAUCUGUAAUCGUUUGUAAAUAAGUUUAUUUAUUUCAUUGCUAGAAUUUUAUUAAUUUGUGGAUAUCCAAUUUGGUUUUCUAUAGUAAUAUGAAAUUUCACGUUUGUCGCAAAUUCAGCAAAUAAUAUCGCGUUGGUUGUAUUGUUGAUUUCAAUUUGUCUCGAAAGAAAAAUUGUCACAGAUAUUUAAUUCCAUAUCUUGUUUAAACAAGUUCCAUUAAUAACAUUAACAUCAUGAGUAGUCUUUCAAAUUGUAAUUAAAUAAUGAUUAUUCAAUGAAAAAUCCGUUUUUUAAUUUAAAUUUCGACCUCACAAUAUAAAAAUCAACUUCAAGGCCUUAUAACCUGUCAAAAUAUUUCAACUCGUCGCUUUUUACAAAAUUUGCCACUAAAUAAUUAUUAUAAUCGUUUUGUUUUGGACUAUCAUCUUGUAACUGGAGGUUAAACUUGAGAAUUAAAUUAAUAGGGUUCAUUUAUCAUCUUAUUGUUAAUAUUUUAUUAGAAUUCGUCUAUUAUUCAAACUCCAUUUUGAUAUUGUUUUAUUAAACUAAAAAACUAAACACACUACUACUAAACAAACAGUUACACACACACUGUCUGAUCAUUUCAACAGAAUAUGAACCAGUGACUGACCAUACAAGACUGUGGAUUAUUCAAUUGAGUGUCGGUGUAGUAAACAGUGUGUUCAACUCUACACAAAAAUUAGUGAAAUAUCUUUUAAGUACUAUUGUAGUUCCCUUUAAUAAUUUCUCGUUUUUAUAAAUGUUUGUUUAUGCUGAAAUGAAUAUCCUUAUCUUUUCUUUCAAAGAUAGCUAGCAAAGAUAUAUAUAUAUAUAUAUAUAUAUAUAUAUAUAUAUAUAUAUAUAUAUAUAUAUAUAUAUAUAUAUAGAUUUAUUGAGAGGUUUGGCAAACUCUUUUGUUAUAAAAUUUACUUUUUACAAAUACAGAAAUUUAAUGAGGGCUAUUGUUUUGUGCUCAUCAUUGUCCAGUAAGGUCCUGAAUAAUUGUGUUAAUAAAGUUUGUAAUUGAAUUGUAUUUAAUAUCUUAAAACCGUAUCGAGUUUUUAAAAAAAUUGCGCCAAAGAAGAAAGUAAAAACUGACAAUGAUUAACCUGUAACUCACAUAUAUCAAAAUAUAAUUCUACAUAUACAAACACUGACAAUUUGACAUUUAAUAGGUAACAGUAGACACCAGUGUCCGGUGCAAGAAAUUUCUGACAGGCUACCGUCCGACUUUAAAAUAAUCAGUUCCACCAAGAUUAGCGGACAUGUCUUGAUUCUUUUUAGCAUGGUAGCAUCUCCUUCCUGGUCCUGUACUACUGAAUGCUGAUUUCAGUUUUUUUAUAGAGCUGCCUUUUUAUUAAAAUAAUGUUCAAAUAUAGAAACAUCUAUUUAUUUGUAUGUAAGUGAGUGAUUUUUACAUAAAAAUUUGAGGAAAACCAUUGCAAAACGUUUAUAAAAUAAAAAACAAAUAAACAAACUGUAAGGAAAAACAAUUUAUUUAGUACUUAGCGCCUUUUGUGAAUUACAUCCCUACGCGUUUCAUACAAUAAGUUAUGAUUUUUUACUUUACUCUUAUCAAUCAGCCUAUCUCUUUACAAUACCUCCUAUUUUCACGUGCUUUUCUUUUCGCUGAUUUCCCUCGAACCUUCGACUGGGUAUCGAAAGACGGUUAUAGAUAUUGUACUUAUACCACCGAAUACUUUUUCUCAGCCUGACAUUGGAUCUAUUGAACUUUUACCGCCGUUAUAAUCUAUUAUAACCAAAUGACGCCCACGUCUCUGAACUUGUGCCUUUUCAUUUUAAUGAUGAGUUUUUAACACUAAAACGUCCCUCUUAUCGCGUCAUUUUAGGAUACAUAUUCCGUCAUCCUCUCGAGCUUUUUUAGUUUUUUUCUUCGAUAGUUCCGGAGCAAUGCGUUUAAUUGUUAAAAAAUAUAUGAGCUAUCUGUAGAUUUGUGUACCCAUUAUCAGUCACCACAACCUAGAAGAUCAUUCGCUAAGUUUAGGAUAAUGCUGGAGGACACUGAUAAUAUACAGUCUUUUUUCUCGUUUCCUGCAUCAAAGGAUAGAUUCCAAGUAUGGUUCACUACACAACUUAAAAAGUUUGAUGCUGUUUUAUCGAUUAUAUUGUUUAAAACAUGGUCACAUUGAUGCAAAACGUUUGUCCGGAGGUAUAAAUUGCUUGAUAGUUAUGGAGAAUUUCAUCUAUGAUAUUGUUUAUAGCCAGUCUCCUGGACACUGUGAGUUGUUCGUACCAUUCCUAUGUAACCCAGCCAUAUAAUAUUCCUUCAGAUUAUAUUCUUGUAAUGUAGCUUGUCAUUCCACCUAAAAAUUUUCCAAGUGAUUUCCAAUGGGUGGCCUCCCAACUGAUGUUGAUAAAUCAUGUAAAGUAAUUAGUUACUCAAUUCCAAUAAGAGCAACACAUCGCGCUUUUGUUUUGAUUUUUACUUUUAGAAUACAGUUGCAUGUCGACUUCUUGAACUAGUUCAUCACUACUUGAACUUCCACCUGAAGGUCUAGGACGUUUAGACGUCGACGUCAGGAAAUGUUAUAGUCAUGUUAAUUAGUUUCACUACCCCUUGACGGACUGAAUAUUGGUUCGUCCAAGGAAUUAUUCUAGGACCAUUUGAAUAAUCACAUAGUGAACAUAGGCCACGAAAGAAUAAAAGAGAAAUAAUAUGUUGUCAAUUUGUAAAGAUGUCAUAACCUCAAUUUUUUUUAUUUGGGUAGGAUCCUCUUCAAAAUCAAGUAUUAUACUGAAUACGAAACAGAAAUUAAUUAAUUACUGUCCAUUUCUUGUUGUUUUUUAUGCGAAGGUAAUUGCAAUAUUCUUUUGGAACAGUUACUCAUUUUAUAACAAAUUUCAGGUGUAAUGAGACCAUACAAAACACCACUUGUCACUUCCCAAGUUCAUUUUGUAUAUGAAACCGUACAAAAGAAUAUGCGCUGGCGUUGAUUAAUUUAUCGAAACCUGUUUCUAAUUGUUCGGACACACCGGCGAGUAGCUUUGUCAGGCCACCGGUGUCGUAUUUUGUUGUUAUACUUCUGGGUAAAAAAAUUAUAAAAUUACAAAUUUUAAGUAUAAGCAACCCAAAAUGAUGAGGAUAAGAUAAUAAAAACAUCUUGGACAGGAGGGAAGUUUUACUAAAAAUCUCUUGGCACUUGAAUUGUUAAGAGACCCUACACUAGCUAAUUGCCCCGAUUAAGAGUACUACCAUUGUUAAUGGAACUUUUUUGACAUUAAUAAUCGUUUAAUAUAAAACGAAAUAAUCUAUUAUUGAUAUUUGCUAUGAUUGAUAUGGAAAAAUGAAUUGCAUGAGGAGUUGCAUCCAAAUAUGUAAGAACGUAGCUUAGAAAUUAUGUAGUGUCAUGAAAUUUGACAAAUUUAUUUUAGAAUUAUUUGAAAUUCACCGGUAUCGAAUGCAUUUAGUAAAUGAGAAUGUAUUAUUUUCAUUAGAAAUUUGUUACUUAUAUAUUUUGACAGUUGUGAUUAUCGAUAGUAGUUCAAAUAUACGAACAAAUUAUGUUAAAUUUUUAUUAACAUCCAAUAAACUCCACAAUUGAAUGAAAUUUGAGUGUCUGGUUUUUCAGAAUAGCUAAUAAGGCCAGUU